CGUUAUUUUGAAGAACGCAAGCCCGGAAAUGUCGUGACUAACGCUUCCGCUAGUGUUGUCAGUGUUUGAAAUAUGUUGUGAGGCAGCGGGGUCAGAGAUUUUGGAUCUGGUGGAGAUUGAGAUUCUUAUUAUUCGAGAUAAAUUCACAAUAAUACUCUCAGUACGCAUGGAUUCUCAAGCAGCAGCAGCCCCACAGUCCACAGCAACUGCACAGCCAGUUAUAUGUGAAGCGUGUGGUUCAUACUUUGAGACACGUCGAGGCCUCUCCAGCCACGCCCGCCUCCAUCUCAGGCAGCUUGGUGUGACAGUGUCAGAAAGCAGCGGAGCACCUAUUGAGUUCCUCUACCAGCUCAUCCAGGAGAGAGGAGGCUCACUCCCUGAUUUUAAAGCAGAUUCAUCAGGACCUGUGCCAGCACCUCUAAAUAAAACAAUCCAGCAGGAGUCAAUAACUCUGUCCACACCAAAAGACAAGAAUACUCCCAGAAAGCAACCUGAUAUGGUCAUGACUCCACAAAAGAUGGAUCAUGAGGACUCUUCUUCUAAUUUAAAGGAAACCACUCACCUCCCCUCAUCCCCUUCUGCUCUUAAGGUCAGUGAAAGCAGCUUAUCUUCCUUAGAGCAGCAAACCGCCCAAACUAAACCACUCUGGGCACCGCUGGACACUGAUGCCCCGAUUACCUUAGACACCAAAGAUGAUGUGUAUGUUUGCCAACUUUGUGGCUGCUGGUACGAGACACGCAGGGGACUGUCCAGUCACGCCAGGUCCCAUCUGCGGCAGAUAGGAAUCCCUGACGGUGACAUUAAGGGCAGCCCUAUUGAUUUCCUUUACCAGCUUAUGGCAGAGGAGGACCUCAAGCCCAUCAGUAGUAAGCUACAGGAGCCACUCACUUCGGAUAGUCCCUCUUGUUCCUCCUCCAAACGGCCUUCUGAUCCAUCCACUCCACCAUCUCCCCCCAGAAAACUGCCUAAACUGCCAUCUAAGGACUAUACCUGUGUUCUGUGCGGGGAGAGCUUUGGAAAUCGCAAAGGCCUGGGAAGCCAUGCUCGUUCUCACCUGCGUCAGAUUGGGGUGAUUGAGUUAUUGGGGAAAAAAUCUGCAGUCGAUACUAUCGGGGAACUAGUCAGCAGUGGUGUGUUAGAACCACUGUCCGUUCCCAAAACCAAGACUACAACCUCACCUGCAGAGCCACCUGUACCCCCAGGCUCUCCUACAACCCUGACUCUAUCUCCAGGUCCAAGCCAAUCCCAGACGCCACUUUCCUCCAAUUCCCUUUUGCAAAGUCCAGCAAAGAAGGAUCAGUCUCCUCAAACCCCAGUUAGCAAAGCCCCAAAAGCUAAGAAAGGUUUUUGUUUAGCAGUGGAUCCUCUCCUUAAGAAGCCCAAGCCUGAGCCUGUGGAGAGUGAGAUUUCUAAUCAGCCAAAGGCAUCAAGUAUUACCAGCAACUCUCCUGCACAGAAUUCACCCACUGCAGUUGCUUCAAACCCUCUGAAUACAGAUGUACAGUCCCCACCAACGGUCCUUUGUGACUUCUGUGGGCAGUUGUUUGAUACGCGCAAAGCCCUUUCAUGCCACGCUCGUGCACAUCUGCGGCAGCUUGGCCUCACGUGGUCAAUCAGAACGUCACCUAUUGACCUCCUCAAAGAGGUCAUGAUGCGUGGUGAAGAAGGCCAGAAAGGGUCUUCAACUUCCGGCAAAGUCACGUGGAACAAUCAAGGCUCUAAAAGAUCCCGGGACAGCCUCCAGUCAAGUGAACCACCCUCCAACAUCUGUGCUUCACCUUUGGAUUAUUCCAUGAAAGAAAAAUCCCCAUCUGGCAAGAGCCUGGCCUCACAUACAGAUGCAUCUUGUGAGCUUUGUGGGUUUGAAUUUGAGAACCGCAAAGCUCUGGCCAGCCACGCACGGGCUCACCUCCGGCAGCUGGGUCUCUAUGAGUGGAAAGCAGAUGGAGCAAGUUCGCCAAUCGAACUCCUCAGCGAGCUGAUCCGGAAAGACCCAGCCAGAGUGUCGGCGAUAACCCAGCGCUACCGUAUGGGAGACCUUUACAUCAAGAAGGCCCAUAGAGGUACUGCAUCACCCUCACUAUCUUUGGAGUCUGACUCUUUGCCUGGCAGCAGCUUCAAAGCUGAACAAAGGUCGAGCAGAGAAGACUCUCCCAGACAAUCACAGGUCCAGGCACGGACUGGUGACGUCCAUAUUCGCUCCUCAAGAGGCAUCCAGCCACCUAAACGCGUUCUUGCUACGAGGGAGGAGGGUCAGGACUCCCAGCAACCCCCCCGGUCCGGCAGCAUCCCUGCAAUGCUGCCAAAGCCGCCGCUAACACCACUGGUCAAACUGGUGGGCAAAGUCUACUCCCUCAAGUGCAGGUUCUGCGAAGAAGUGUUUCAUGGACCUUUGUCUGUUCAAGAGAAGUGGAUCACACAUCUGCAGAAACACAUCCUGUCUCUGGGCUACAAAGGCAAAGCCUCUCCCCCUGCCCAGGUGGCAGCUUCAGCGCUUGUGGACCCAGUGGCCGUCUAGUCAGCCACCUGCAUGUAAGUCAGGCCAAACAACGCUGCCGCCUUCAUGUGUCCCAUCAGAGUGGAGCGGAGGUGUUGAAGAAUUGUGUCAGCGAGGUAACCUUUUGUCCAACAGAGGGCAGACGUGAGGCAUAUGAAGGAAAACAUCAGAAUGAAAUCCACUCAGAUGAAUUUAAAUAAAUGGAUCAGUGGAUGCUUUGGAAAAUGUGUGGAAACCUUUUUCAUAGUUUCCAUCGUCUUUCCCCUUCCUGCUCAUCUAUGGCUUUCAGUUUGUACAAUGUGUUUGGUUGUCUUAUUGUUAACAAACGCCGUGUCCAACACAGAUGUACUGAUCCUGGUCUAAAUGAAUCUUUUGUCAUUUCUGUACUAAGUGAAUCUGUACAGUAGCUGAUUUACUGUGAUGUGCUUAUUUUUCAUUUUACAUGUUUUGCAUUAGAUUCUCUUUUAAAUAUAGUAAUCUGACUGAUUUUUAAUCUGAAAGGAUUUAAUUUUUACACCAAAUGAUGGAAAGUAAGGCAUUUGUACCCGACUGAUAUUGGAAAUGUUAAAAAAAACUGAGUAAAUUACGUUUAUGAAUGCUGUCCUGAGCCAACUGACACUGUGCUUCUAUCAAGGCUUUCUUCAGGUAUAAGUGAGAGUCACAUACUGUGUGCUGAUUUUUUUAAACAUUUGUGUUUUAAAAAUACCUCUUUUUAAUGUAAAAUGAACUGGGUCAUGUAUAGAACUAUACAGUGUAUAAAACACGUUAUUUUACAAAUGCAAUGCAACUUAAUGAACUUGAAUAAACAACAAACAUCCUGCACUUGAGCAGCAGACACAGGGCUAAUAGUCACACUGUACAAAACAAUUCAGGACCCACUUUAUCUCAAGGCUUCGUAGACUCACAUCGAAUGUUUGUAUAUUUUUGUGUUUUUUUUGUUAUUUUUUUUUGGUUUAGUUUUUCAUUUUCUCCCUAGAAUCUUCUUUAAUUCCUGCUUUUAAAAUAAACGUUUGGGACCUAAACGAUGCAGACACAA